UUACGAGAAGGUACGGUUUCAAAAAAUUAUUCAUCUAUUUUUCUCUCGCGUAAAAGUAGGGUGUUGCUUAUCCCUUUCUCAACCGUAAUUCUGUAUUUCUGUGCUAUGAUGACAAGUGUGUUUUAAUUUGUGUCGAAGAGUUUAUAAAGCUAACAAGAAAAAUGAGCAAGCAUAUGUAUUCCACUGCAAACCUCUCUGAUAAAGAACUGAAAGAACAAGGAAAUAGAUUAUUCAGCCUACGAAGGUUCGAAGAUGCUUUGAACUGCUAUACUAAGGCUAUUAUAAAAAACCCAUCGGUAGCCACAUACUUCACAAAUCGAGCACUAUGUCAUCUGAAAAUGAAGCGCUGGGAAGAAACAUGCCAGGACUGCAGGCGCGCGCUGGACAUAGACAACAACCAGGUGAAGGGACAUUUCUUUCUCGGCCAGGCACUGGUUGAGCUGGACUGCUAUGAUGAGGCUAUCAAACACUUACACAGAGCUAAUGACUUGGCACGCGAACAGAAAAUGAACUUUGGCGAUGAUAUUGCGGCUCAAAUUCGUAUCGCCAGAAAAAAGAGAUGGAACGUUCAAGAGGAAAAGAGAAUAGCACAAGAAAUUGAACUGCAAGCUUAUGUUAAUAGGCUAAUAAACGAAGACUUGCAACGUAGAAUAGAGUCGAUAAAGUUAGAGAACAUGAAUGAAGAAGAGACCAAUAGCAAAAUAACAAAGGUCGAAGAGGAAUGUAAUAACUACAGCAGUGAGCUGAAUAAUUUAUUUUCAAGAAUGGAUGAAAGAAGAAGGAAACGUGACGUGCCGGAUUAUCUAUGCGGCAAGAUUAGCUUUGAAAUCCUCAACGAGCCCGUCAUAACACCCAGUGGCAUCACAUACGAGAAAAAGGAUAUAGAGGAACAUCUUGAGCGGGUGGGACACUUCGAUCCGGUCACUCGAGUGAAGUUAACAGCGGACCAGCUCAUCCCUAACUUCACUAUGAAGGAGGUCGUCGAUGCUUUCCUACAGGAGAACGAGUGGGCACUCGACUACUAGUCGAUUCAUCAAGUACAUUGCUAUUGUGAUUACGUCACUAGUGUAUAAGGGUCGGAUUUCUUAUAAAUCUAUUUUUACGAUUAAGCGUAUCUUUAGCAGCACGCACCGUACCGCAUUUCUAAGGGUACGUUCAGAUGAUACGUGUUAAACGCCAAUUUAACGCUCGCUAACCUUAUGUAUAAUGUACACACGGUCUGAAUUUGUCACGCGUUUUUUUGUAUACAUACCGAAAACGAAGUAUAUUUUUAUCUAGCCUAGGGCCUGUAUCACCACUUUGCGAUUAGUGUCGGAUA